AUGAUAAAAAAUAGGUUCCGGUUACAUAAUUUGCCCAUGGACUACGUGGAUCUGGGACAAGUUAUGACUAUCGAAUCUUUGGCAUUUGUGUUAAUCUUGCUGACGAUAUCGGCAGCGGCAGCUCGGACAGUCUACAAGCGAGAUGCUCCACUAAUCGGAGGAGGAUACCCCGGCGGUGGUGGUGGGGGAGGAGGGGGAUAUCCAAGUGGAGGUGCAGCGUCACCUCCAUCCACAAGCUACGGUGUUCCAGCAGGACCAGCUCCUGUGCCGUCAUCGAAUUAUGGGGCUCCGUCAGGAGGUUUCGGGGGUGGAGGUGGUGGUGGUGCUCCAUCAUCAUCCUACGGCGCACCAUCGAUUGGCGGGGGUGGCGGAGGGUAUAGCGGUGCAUCAAGUGGAGGAGGUGGCUACAACAGUGGUGGUACUGCACCUUCUUCCAGUUACGGAGCACCUUCUUCUGGAGGCGGUGUUGGAGGAUUCGGUGGAGGAGCCUCUGCCCCUUCCAGCAGUUACGGAGCCCCAGCAGCACCGUCUUCCUCAUAUGGAGCACCCUCUUCAGGUGGAGCAGGUAGUUACAGUGGAGGAGUAACGGGAGCUAGUUGGAGUAACGGAGGCUCAGCACCUUCGUCUUCUUAUGGAGCACCUUCUGUGGGAGGAGGAGGAGGUGGUGGAGGUUACAGUGGCGGACUUCCUACAGCUUCUGUAUCUUCUUCAUUUGGGUCAUCAUCUGCUGGGGGAUUCAGUGGAGGAAUACCAUCAAGUAGUUAUGGCGCACCCACUGGAACUCCAUCUUCUUCGUAUGGAGCACCAUCACUCGGAGGAGGUUCCAGUGGUGGAUAUAGUACUCUUGGUCAAGGAGCAUCAGUACCUUCCAGUAAUUAUGGAGCACCAUCUUCUGGUGGUGGUGGAGGAUUUGGUGGCGGAGCUCCUUCAAGUAGCUACGGAGCGCCUGCUCCAUCGUCAUCUUACGGGGCCCCAUCUAAUGGAGCUGGUGGAGGUUACAGUACUGGAGGUGUGACUGGGGCCAGUUGGAGUAGUGGUGGUACCGCUCCUUCUACUUCUUACGGUGCACCAUCCAGUGGAGGAGGUGCAGGAGGUUAUAGCAGUGGAGGAUCUGGAGGUUACAGUGGUGGCAGUGGAGCUCCCUCCUCAUCGUAUGGUGCUCCUUCUAGUGGAGGUAGUGCAGGCGGCUACAGCAGUGGAGGAAGUGGAGGUUACAGUAGCGGUGGUGGAGCCCCUUCUUCAUCUUAUGGUGCUCCUUCGAGUGUAGGAGGCGGAGGUGGCUACAGCAGUGGGGGCUCUGGACGUUACAGUGGUGGCGGUGGGGCACCCUCAUCAUCGUAUGGUGCUCCAUCUAUUGGAGGAAGUGCAGGUGGCUACAGCAGCGGAGGAGGUGGAGGUUAUAGUAGCGGUGGCGGAGCCCCUUCUUCAUCUUAUGGUGCUCCUUCUAGUGGUGGAGGGAACGGUGGAUACAGCAGUGGAGGGUCUGGUGGUUAUAGUUCAGGAAGUGCAGCUCCAUCGUCAUCCUACGGAGCUCCAAGUAAUGGAGGAGGUUACAGUUCAGGAGGAUCUGGAGGAUAUAGUACACUUGGAGGAGGUAGUGGUGUUCCCUCUUCAUCAUAUGGAGCACCCUCGAACGGAGGUGGAGCCUCCAGACCAUCUAGCAGUUACGGUGCGCCCUCAACUAGUACAUCAAUAGUUCAAUCUGUUAGUUUUGGAAUACCAUCUAAUACUUAUGGUGCACCAUCUGGAGGUUCUUCUGGCAGACCAUCAACAUCAUAUGGAGCACCAUCAAAUGGAGGAGGUUCUAGUUGGAGUGGAGGCGGUGGGGCAACGAGACCCUCAACUAGUUAUGGAGCACCAUCUAAUGGAGGAGGUUCAAGUUGGAGUGGAGGCGGCGGAGGUGGAGGAUCUUCGCGGCCAUCGAGCAGUUACGGAGCCCCAGCUGCCCCAUCAUCAUCUUAUGGAGCACCAUCAGUUGGAGGAGGUUCUAGCUGGAGUGGGGGUGGUGGAGGAGGAGCAUCACGACCAUCUAGUAGCUAUGGAGCACCAUCUAAUGGAGGAGGUUCUAGCUGGAGUGGAGGCGGUGGAGCAUCGAGGCCUUCUAGUAGCUACGGUGCGCCAUCCAAUGGCGGAGGUUCAAGUUGGAGUGGAGGUGGUGGAGGUGGAGGAGCUUCACGACCAUCUAGUAGUUAUGGAGCACCCUCUAAUGGAGGAGGUUCUAGCUGGAGUGGGGGUGGUGGAGCAUCGAGGCCUUCCAGUAGUUAUGGAGCACCGUCCAAUGGAGGGAGUUCAAGCUGGAGUGGCGGCGGCGGGGGUGGAGGAGCUUCCCGACCAUCUGGCAGCUACGGAGCACCAUCGUCGUCUUACGGUGCACCCUCAAAUGGAGGAAGUUCAAGUUGGAGUGGGGGAGGUAGUGGAUCAUUCGGUGGCGCACCUUCAAGUUCAUAUGGGGCUCCAUCAUCGGGUGGACAGCAAUACUCGGACGAUGGAGGAUACGUAUAUUAGGCCUUGGUGAAUAUGGACGGAGCAGUUUCCUGUGUAUUUAUACAAUUCCAUACUAAUUAUAAAAUAGAAACUAAUAAGCAAUCAUUAAGCUAAGUAUCUUCAAAUUAAAUAUUGGCUAUUCGUGAAAGCCAUUACAAACGCCAAAAUGAUUAACUUAGGCAAUAUUUGAACGUUGUAUCACUUUUGUAACUGUGUAAAUAUUUAAUUUUUUAUACUUCGUUUGUAAGAUGUUGUAGAUAUUUUAGCUGUAUAUUUAGUUCUGUAUCUUGUGUUCGUAGAAUUGUGUUUUAUAAGGUUUUGUAAGUAAAAAGAUUUUGUAUA